AAUUAGGUUAAAUAAGUUGGCAGCGCCAGCCUUGUUGUGUUUAGUUUUGUUAAAAUAUCUAUUUCUCAGUUAAUUUUCUUUGCUGUGACUGUUAUAACAUCUUAGAGUAAAAUGAGCACCGCGGUUGAGGGAGCCAACACGGGAGCCGGCAAGUUGCUUAACUACUUUACGCUGCAGACAGCGUUUGAGAAAACCCUGGAGCUAGCCAUUGCCCAAAAUAGCGUAGAGUUGUUGGUGCAAGCGUACAACAGCUUUGCAUCCAACUCAGAUCACGAUAAGCGUCUUCCUAUGGAUCAUGCUUUCCGGGUGCUGCUGAUGAAGCGAUUGGAGGACGAUGUCCAGCGUAUUGGCGACCUUGUGCGUCUCUCUGUGGAAGCCACGCGGGCGGAGAUCGUGUCAAACACUAUCCCUGUCGUUCUCCUGAUUGACACCUUUGACGUGGUCACUCUGGACAAAUGCCAAGAGAUUUUUCGCUUUGUCGAGGAACUCGUCGAAGUUUGGAAAGAGGAAAUAUUCUUCGCGUCGUGCAAGAACAACAUUCUGCGAAUGUGCAACGACUUGCUGCGCCGCUUGUCGCGUACUCAGAACACUGUUUUUUGCGGCCGCAUCUUGCUCUUCCUUUCCAAAUUCUUUCCAUUCUCUGAGCGUUCGGGACUUAAUAUAGUGUCAGAGUUUAACCUUGAUAAUUACACAGAGUAUGGGUUAGACAGCAAGGACCACGACGACAACGACAAUAAGGAGCUGGAGGACACUGCCGAGGACAUUCCCCUGAAAAUAGACUACGAUCUGUACUGCAAAUUCUGGUCGCUGCAGGAGUUCUUCCGCAAUCCCAACCAGUGCUAUAGCAAGGCACAGUGGAAAAUGUUCCAAAUGCACACUGAGAACAUCCUCCAAUCAUUCUCCAGCUUCAAGCUGGAGGAUUUGCGUCAAAGUAUCAAUGACAAUGCCAGUGAAUCUGGCCACGCAAUGGAAAUUGACGACGAAGCUGUAGAUUCUGCGGCCAUAUCCACAGUCAACAAAGCCAACCACUUCUUUGCCAAGUUCCUAACAAACCCAAAGCUAUUGGCUCUCCAAUUGUCAGACUCAAAUUUCCGCCGUGCAAUCCUGGUACAGUUUCUUAUACUUUUUCAAUACCUCCAAGUUAGUGUAAAGUUUAAGAACGAUUCGUAUACCCUCACGACGGAUCAAACGGAGUUUAUCAAAGACACUGAACCCCGUGUCUAUAAGUUGCUUGAAGAAACGCCGCCUUAUGGCAGAAGGUUUGCCCGUACUGUCAACCAUAUGCUAGUGCGAGAGGAGAUGUGGAACAAUUGGAAGAACGAGGGCUGCAAGGAAUUCAAAAAGCCGGAGGAACCUGCGACCGCCGACGAGGAUUUAAAGCCUCCACCUACGAAGAGACCAAAGCGCCCAUUGGGCGAUUCACUGCGAGAUGCUGCUCGUCAAGGCAAGUUCUUCUUGGGAAAUGACAACCUCACUCGGCUGUGGAACUACUCACCGGACAAUCUGCAGGCUUGCAAGAGUGAACAGCGCAACUUCCUGCCCCUACUUGAAACAUACUUGGAGACACCUCACGACAAGACUGAUCCCGCAUUUGAAUGGCGAGCGUUGCGAUUACUGGCCCGCCAGACGCCUCAUUUCUUCACUUCAUUGUCACUGCCAUCCAACAAAAUAUCCGACUAUUUAGAGCAAGUACGCAAGCGGCUCGUUCGUGAUAAGGAGCCCAAGGCUGUGUCAGCAGCAUCCAACUCUGAGCAAAACAAUGGGUUGGCAACAAACAAUUCCCAUACUGAGAGCGAGCAGGACGCGACCGUGGCACUUCAGGAAGUUGAACCAGAGCAAGGUCUCGAGGUGGAGGAUACUGAACCAGUCGAAGAGACGGAUGAGGCACCUGCCCAUGAAAAGCCACUGAUGGUCACCCGCGAACACAUCGAAGAAGUGGCCCCACUGAUUGGCGAGCCCUGGAUGAAGGUCGGCAAGAAGAUUGGCUUCAAGAACGACGAGCUUCUAUAUUUCCAGAUGGAACAUCCCACGGCAACAAUAGCGUGUGUUCAGAUGCUUACCAACUGGAUAUCGGACGAUGAUGAUGCCACCCUGGAUAACUGGGCGUACAUGCUGGAGGGACUGGAGAUGAACACAGCCGCCGAAGCGGUGAAGGCCAUUAUCGAGCGCGAAAAGAAAUCGUCUAGUUCGACGGCAGAGCCCAGCCUUGUAGACGCCUCGGAUGGCAACGACGUGGAAGUGCUCUCCGAUUAGGAUCUCUGAUUCCCAGAACCUCCCUUAGUUAAUAAGACAACAUUAGUUUCGUUCCAAUCAUCUAACUUCUUUAUCACAAGUAAAAGUAUGGGUUUGAUCACUGUCACCCAGCCAGGGA